AUGGAGCUUUCUUUUCUUCCUCUUCUUGCACUUUCUCUCCUUAUUUUCCUUGUUCCCAAACUGCCCAGAUCCCAAUCUGCAGGGAACAGCACUACUCAUGACUACGUCGACGCAUUAUCGAAAUCCAUUUUGUUCUUCGAGGGGCAGCGGUCGGGGUUCCUGCCGGCGGAGCACCGGAUGGCGUGGCGGGGCAACUCGGGGAUCGCCGACGGCGAGGAUCGCGGCUUUGACCUUAUCGGUGGCUACUACGACGCCGGCGACAACGUCAAGUUUGGGUUCCCGAUGGCGUUCACGAUCACAAUGCUGGCGUGGAGCGUGGUGGAGUUCGGAGACUUGAUGCCGCCGGCGGAGCUCCGGAACGCUCUUGCCGCCGUCCGGUGGGGCACUGAUUACCUUCUGAAGGCGGUGGCUCAGCCCAAUAGGAUCUUCGUGCAGGUGGGGGACCCACGGCAAGACCACGGGUGUUGGGAAAGGCCGGAGGACAUGAACACCGCCAGGACCGUGUACUCCGUGACGGCACCUAAGCCGGCUUCAGACAUCGCCGGAGAGAUGGCGGCGGCCCUAGCUGCUUCUUCCAUGGCAUUCCGAUCAUCCAACGCCAGUUACUCGGACACGCUGCUGAAGAAUGCCAUCAGAGUGUUCCAAUAUGCAGACACCUACCGAGGAAGAUACACUGAUGAUAUUGAAGUUAAAAGCGGUGCCUGCCCCUUUUACUGUUCCAUUUCCGGAUAUCAGGAUGAGUUGAUGUGGGGAGCAGCAUGGCUAAGGAGAGCAACGCACAACGAUUCCUACCUUAAUUAUGUGUUGAAAAAUGGCCAAACAUUUGGAGCUUACUAUAAUAUUUUCGAAUUUGGGUGGGAUAACAAGCAUGCAGGCGUCAAAAUUCUUCUCUCCAAGGAAUUUUUGGAAAAUGGAACGAAUUCUCUACAGCCCUUCAAGGAAUUAUCAGACAGCUUCAUGUGCUUUCUCAUGCCGGAGGCACCCUCCCCUUACCACAUAGGCUACACACGUGGAGGCCUCAUGCACAAGUACGGCUGCUGCAACAUGCAGACCGUCACCACCCUCUCCUUCCUCCUCCUCGUCUACGCCCACUACCUCGAACAGGCGGCUCCGCCGUGCUCCGCGCAGCCUGGCCGCGUCACCUGCGGCAACGCCACCUUCGGCCCCUCCGCGCUCCGCCGCCUCGCUCAAAGCCAGAUCGACUACAUCCUGGGGGACAACCCGAAGAAUAUGUCCUACGUGGUGGGCUACGGCCCCAUAUAUCCGCGACUCAUCCACCACCGUGGCUCAUCCCUGCCGUCCAUCCAGGACCAUAACAGGACCAUGGGGUGCAGAGACGGUGACGUGUAUUUUAGAUCAGCCAAUCCCAACCCGAAUGUGCUGGUGGGGGCCGCCGUGGGUGGGCCCGGGUGGGACGACGGCUACGUGGAUGACCGGUGGAACCCAGGGCAAUCGGAGCCGACCACCUACUAUAAUGCGCCGCUAGUGGGCGCACUUGCCUACUUUGCGGCUUCUGCCACUGUAAAUAAAAGUGUUUCUUGUUAA